GAGGAGGGCGGGCGGGCAGCAGAAACACACAAGUCUAGGAUUGAACUACUGACUACAGUAUAUAAGGUUGUGGCCACUGGCUCAGAGAGAACCAGAGGAGCGAGACGCAGGAAAAAGACGGGAGCAUUUGCUGCUGUUUCAAUGGGCUUUAAUUGAACUCUGCAGGUGAAAAAGUCAGGAGCAGAAUCCUCAACUCUGACAAAAAAAAACAACAAAAAAACGUUUCAGCUUCCCAGUUUAGAGUUUCAGCCUUUAGUAAAGAUGCUGUGGAGGGUGACCGUUGCCUUGGCCGUGAUGUUCGUCGGAGGCGCAUGCAACAGCGUGGAAGCCGAUGUGAUGAGCAGACUGAUCGUGCCCAGGGACUAUAGGGUGAAACUGUGCGGGAGAGAGUUCAUCAGAGCUGUCAUUUUCACCUGCGGGGGCUCUCGGUGGAAACGGUCCACAGAGGGGGAAUCGGAGCCGUCCCACUGGACUUACCUGGAAUAUGUUGCACCCGAAGCCGACCGGAGGACCUGGCAGCAUGAGACAAAUCUCAGAGACGAUAACUCUCCUCUCCCCUUUGACGCCUCCAACUCGCUCGCUGACCUCUUGACCCUCACAAACGAGAGACCACAAUCGUCUCCAGGCUUCCCAGGCUUGCCGAGGGAGUCCACAGCUUUAGGUGAGCAGGAGGAGAAUGAAGACCCCGCUAACCGACUUGUAGCGACCAAGAAGAAGAGAAACUUUUCUCUGGGCGUGGCGGGGUUGUGCUGUACCCACGGCUGCACCAAGUACGAUAUCGGACGGUUGUGCUGAGACAGAAAGGAGAAAAGGCUGGUGUGAUAAUAAAGAUUAGGCACUGUACAAUAAUUUGGUUUGAGCAAAAAGAAGGGAAACAUUUGGUUUAUGUUUGUUUAAUAGCAGCCA